AUGCAGGGCGUCGACGAACUCAAGCGGAAGAUCUCAACUCCACUUCUCAUUUGCACCAUCUGGGCACUGGCAUCUGUAAAGUGCCAGAGUGACACGGGCUACAAUUACCCCCGCCCAACCACGCCUCCCCCGUUCACCGGCUACAACUACCCAAAGCCCUCCAAGCCGUUCAACGAAGGCUACACCUACACGACGCCCAAGUGUCCGCUGGUCCUUCCGAGCACGAGCACCGUCACGGACUACCAGACCAUCGUGUCCACGGCGUUCCUAACGGAAACGCAGACCCUGCCGCCGAUCACCAGCACCCGACUGGAGACGACCUACGUCACCCUUCCGCCGGUGGUGCAAACGCAAACCAACACCGAGACUCUCUCGCUCACCUUCACGUUGACCGAGUACAGCACGUCCAUCACCACCGAGAUCCGGCCCACGACCGUCACCUCGCUGCUCACCACAACCUACUGUCAGCCGAACACGUACCUACCGCCGCCGACACCACCCCCGAACACUUACCUUCCGGUGGAGCCGCCAGCGAAGGAGUACCUGUCUCAGCGUAUCGCAGCCAUUUCCCAGACCGGUGCCGGGUUCACUCAGACCUCUACAAGCCAGGGCUCGAACCAGGGCACCUUCAUCUCCACCUUCGUUCAGCAGCAGCAACCCGGCCCGAUCAAGCGAGCGUCCGUGUUCGAUUCGAGUCCGACCCGAUUCGGACUCGCUCCCGGCCGUCCUGCGUCCGGCGAGCGGCUGGAAUCGAAUGAGAUUAUUCCGGGCGGUUCCGCUCCCGACCAGCUCUCACAGCCGGCCAUCAACAUCAUCUACUUGGACCGCAACAAUGCCGCCAGUUCCCAGGGACAACCUCCGGCCGGGCUUAUGAACUGGCUGCUGUGCAAGUUUAACCUCUCCAGCGGAUCGUGCGCUUUGAGUGUUCGAGUGAACGUAAACAUGAAAGGACCGGUGGUGAUUUUCGUGGCCACACUGUUGGCGGUGGUUGGUGCGAACCCUAUGUUCGAAGGAUACGAGUACUCUACUCCUACCUUCACGGGAUACGACUAUCCCAAGCCAAGCUGUCAAUUACAAGAGCCCUGUAGACCCGAGACCGUCGUGCAAACGGACUACCAGACCGUCUUCAAAACGCAGUUCGUCCCGACGACAACCACAAGGACUAGCACCACGACGCUUUACAGCAGGGAGGUGGUACCGGAGUACGUUACCUUGCCCCCAGUCACCACGACGCGCACCGACUACCGCACCAGGACCCUCACGUCUACUACGACCGCAACGUCCUAUGAAACGGAAACGGAAACGGAAACGCAGACCAGCACGCUGACGAAAACCAGCACCUCGACCCGCAUCGUCCCGACGACGGUGGUGCGCACGGUCACAUCGACGCUCCCACCCGUUACCUCCACCAAAACCGUCACCGACUACAGGACCAAGACGGAAACCAACUUCAUCCCCACCACCAGCUACAUCACGUCCACCAUCGUCGAACCGACGACCUUUACUCAGGUUAGCACUAAAACGGAACGCCUAACCAGCACGGUGACGAAGCCCCUGAUUACCACCGUCACGCGCACGGAGACCGUGCCGGUAGUCACCACCGUGACGAAGUCGUGUGCACCGAGUUACCUGCCGCCGCCGCCACCCCCCUGCCCACCGAACAAUGCCUAUUUGCCACCCAGCAACGACUAUCUGCCGCCCAAAAAUAAUGCGCCUAAAAAGGACGUGUCGUACCUAGUCUCGCGCCAGAACCUCUUCCAGCUACUGUAGGCCAUCUUCGAAAGUUUUAAUAAAACAAUUAUCAGAAUACCAUCGACCCAGAAUAACCGCGCAAUUCGUUACACUUUACAUUUGGAUGGAAAGUUAUGGAAAGAAAUAAGAAAAUCUACUCGGGUACCUAGAACCUGCCACGUUACCCCUUGGAAGUUUCAGUUAACGAUGAGGCAUUUUCUUCUCCAAAGCGGAACUCUGCACCUUUCAACACAAAUGACUGCUUCGAUUAGGAAGAACAAGGAACUGGUUGUGAUGUGAUUAAGGAAACCUGAGAAGGCCUUGACAGAGAAGGGAAAAUGGGAAUAUGGUAAUAUCCAGCCGGAAAUUAAAUCUCUGAAGUAUUUUAUAUACGACUAUC